CAGGUCUCUGUAUCUCCGUUUAAACCAGGAAGAAGCGCAUCCUGCACAUACAGUGUGAUUUGUAAUUGCUUCAAAUCAAACUUACCCGUUUAAAAUUACCCUUUCAAUAAAGGAAGAAGAUACGGGUCUUCAAAAUGGGGUCAACAAAUGGACAACCUGAUGAGACAGAUCAAUCUAUCAAAACAAGUCUACAACAUUUCUUUGCAAGACACAAGGUUCCGAUGUGUAUUGCUAUCACUCAUACUAAUAUGUUUUUUGAAGAGUUGAAAGAAAAUGGUAUCCUGUCUGAAGAUGACUUAUUGGAGUUGAAUACAAUACCUAAUGUCAAAAGAGUUGUAUACAAAUCGCUGUGCUUGAUAGAAAAGAAAACUCAGCCUAGCCGUUUCUUUGAUGUUCUUCUACAGAAACCCUUUCUGGUGAAAUAUCCAGAUUUGGCACCUAUUUCUCGAAAAUAUAAAGCAAAAAAGUAUGAAUGUGUGUAUACUACUUCUUCAAAAAGUGCAUCAUUGAGAAGAUUUUUUCAAGAGAAAAAAGUUGCAAUAUCUUAUGCUAUAAAAAAACGUUUCCCAUUUCUGAAUGGAUUGCAAGAUUUAGCUAUUCUGUCAGAAAGAGAAGCAUUGAAGCUGCAAACAGAUGAGAGGUCCGUUCAUCAAGUGAUCUAUGAAAGCUUGUGCUGGAUAGAAAAGAAGAACGUGCAGAUUGAAAUCAUACUUGAUUAUAUAUUUCUAGAUUGUUUCCUUAAAAUAUUUCCUGAAUUAAUGAGCAUUUCGCACGAAUACGGAUCAGAAGAUGUUGAAUGUGUGGCUCCCAUAAGUGCAAACAAUGACAUAUUGAAAAGGAUGUUUAAACAACAAAAGGUUGCAAUUUGUCUUGCAAUAACAAAAAGAUUUCCAUUUUUGCAUGGGUUGCAAGAUGUAGGUUUACUGUCUGAACUUGAAUUACUGAAGCUGCAAGCAGAUGAGAGAUCCACCCAACAUGUGGUGUAUGAAAGUCUGUGCUGGAUCGAGGAGAAGGAGAAAGAAAGCUUUAAAGUCUUCUUUGUUUACAUAUUUCAGAAAUGCUUCUUGAACUUCUACUGCAAACUAAAUAUCAUCUCACAACAAAUCAAGACGCAAGCUGACCCUGUAAAUAUAUGUCCAAUCAGUACUGAAGAACUAAAGUUAAUUUUGAAGAGAGAGAAAACUCACAUUUCAGAUGCUAUAAAUCUAUUAUUUCCAUUCAUGAAUGGCCUGCAAGACAGAGGUAUUCUAUCUGAACUGGAAUUAUUGAAUAUUCAAGCUGAGGAAUGGACUGUUAUGAAAGUUGUGCAUAAAACUCUGUGCUUGAUUGAAGCAGAGAGGACACACCUGUUACAAGAUUUCUUUGCCUACCUGUCUCAAGACAUGUACCUAGAAAUGUUUCCCAAACUUAAAGAAAUUUUAGAAAGAAUCUUGCAAAAUGAUACCACUGCACAGAGGUUGGGAAAUAGAAUCAGUAAGGAGCCAGAUAUCAAUGAGUCAGGAGUAAAAGGUGUACUACCAGGAAUAGACCAAGGUCAGGAUUACAGAGAGGAAUCCCCUACGACUUCAGAUAUCGAAGAAUCAGAAAAUGUUAGAAAUGAGAAGGCCCAUUCAACUUCAAAUCUAGGUAGUGUAGGUACCUCUGAAAAGCAAAUGUUUGAUAAACAGAGGCUGGCAAAGAAAAGACGUAAACCGUCAUGUAUUGAUGAAUCAGAAGUUAUUAGAAAAGUGAAUGCCCAUUCAACUACAAAUCUAGCACCAGUUAAAACCCCCCGUUACAUUAAUGCUAUCUCUAAACGUAUACCAAGGCAGGCCUAUAAUGAACAAUUCUCUGUGAAAUGUGGCACCACAAUGGGAACAUUCUUCAAAAAUAAAUGGAAUGGAGGUAGUGCAGGUACCUCUGAAAAGCAAAUGUUUGAUAAACAGAGGCUGGCAAAGAAAAGACGUAAACCUUCAUGUAUUGAUGAAUCAGAAGUUAUUCGAAAAGUGAAUGCCCAUUCAACUACAAAUCUAGGUAGUGCAGGUACCUCUGAAAAACAAAUGUUUGAUAAACAGAGGCUGGCAAAGAAAAGACGUAAACCGUCAUGUAUUGAUGAAUCAGAAGUUAUUAGAAAUGAGAAUGCCCAUUCAACUACAAAUCUAGGUAGUGCAGGUACCUCUGAAAAGCAAAUGUUUGAUAAACAGAGGCUGGCAAAGAAAAGACGUAAACCUUUAUGUAUUGAUGAAUCAGAAGUUAUUAGAAAAGAGAAUGCCCAUUCAACUACAAAUCAAGCACAAGUUAAAACCCCCCGUUACAUUAAUGCUAUCUCUAAACGUAUACCAAGGCAGGCCUAUAAUGAACAAUUCUCUGUGAAAUGUGGCACCACAAUGGGAACAUUCUUCAAAAAUAAAUGGAAUGGAGGUAGUGCAGGUACCUCUGAAAAGCAAAUGUUUGAUAAACAGAGGCUGGCAAAGAAAAGACGUAAACCUUCAUGUAUUGAUGAAUCAGAAGUUAUUCGAAAAGUGAAUGCCCAUUCAACUACAAAUCUAGGUAGUGCAGGUACCUCUGAAAAGCGAAUGUUUGAUAAACAGAGGCUGACAAAGAAAAGACGUAAACCUUCAUGUAUUGAUGAAUCAGAAGUUAUUAGAAAACAGACUGCCCAUUCAACUACAAAUCUAGCACAAGUUAAAACCCCCCGUGACAUUAAUGCUAUCUCUAAACGUAUACCAAGGCAGGCCUAUAAUGAACAAUUCUCUGUGAAAUGUGGCACCACAAUGGGAACAUUCUUCAAAAAUAAAUGGAAUGGAGCACAAGUGGAAAACCCCAGUGACAUUGAUGCUAUCUCAGAACGUAUACCAAGGCAGGCCAAUAAUGAAGAAUUCUCUGUGAAAUGUGGCACCACAAUGGGAACAUUCUUCAAAAAUAAAUGGAAUGGAGGAUCAUCAACCGAUGAGUGUAUCGAGUCCAACGGAACAUUCUAUACGGUCAUUGGAUUUGAAUCUCAUGGAGGAAGGGAGUCCUGGAAAUGCUGGAAAAGAAGCAUUACAUGUGAAGGUGUUAAACUAGAAGUCUUAGUACAGAAUGGGAUCUUGCAGGCUUUAUAG